AUGACAGUUGAUCAGUCAACUCUGGACGUUCUGGACUUCUCUACCAUUCAGCAAGGAUCAUCCCCGCUCGCAGGGCUGGGUGCGAUAGGACAUCUCGUCAUCGUGCUGCGCACACAGACCUAUCCCAUCACGCUUUUAACCCUGGGAUCGUGUGACGUUCCAACUUACUGGCUAUGGCUAUGUCUAAACAUAGUACAGAUCACAGCGAUCAGGGCUGCGGAAACGGUGAUCCGAGAUUGGAUCGAAUCAGAUGGGGUGUGGAAGCGCGCUGGUCAUGUGCUUCUAUCAUCGAUUAUCGAGUACUAA